CCACAGAUCAGAGGUGAAACAUCGUUAAAUAGGAUUUAUGUGAACUGAUCAUUUAAUUGAAUCGACGUGUUACUUUUAUUCAUUAUAUCUUUUUCAGUUAUGGAAGAGUUGGCUGGUUAACAUUAAAGUUUAAGCAAGAGAACAGCGGAGCGCGAGCGCUCCCAUCUCCAGUGUCAGUCAGGAUGAAGCUGCAGUGUGAUGUGGAGGUUAUUAAUCGGAUGUUGCCGACAUUCGGAAUGAAAAAUAAAGGCAAAUCGAGUCGAGCGGUUUUAUCCAUCGGGAAACAUGUGGACAGUUUGUGUUUACUGAUCUGCACAUCUAAAGACAGAAGCGGAUCCAAGUACAAGCUGAAGGAGAAUAUUGAGAAGUUCUUCACGUGGUUUGUUGAAGAGGGCAAAGCGACAGUUCGACUCAAGGAACCGGCUGUUGACAUCUGCUUGAGUAAAGCCGAUAUCAAUGGCUUGAAAAACUUUCUCUCUGCUGCACGACUGGCGCACAGGGGAAGCGACACGGACACCCUUGCUCUUUCCACCCUCGCGCCAGCCCGGGCCAGAGACGUGGAGAAGCCAAAGAAGAAGCUAACCAUCUUGUCAAAAAAGGACUACCCGCUCACGUCUAACUUUCCUUAUUCCCUGGAGCAGCUGCAGGUGUCCUACUGCAAGCUAUCCAGGGUGGACAUGCGCAUGCUCUCGCUCAAAGCGCUCCGCAGGUUAGAUCUCAGCAACAAUCACAUCAAGACGCUGCCGUCCACCAUCGGGGACCUGACCUUCCUCGCUGAAUUAAUUCUUCACAACAAUCAUCUGGAGAGUUUAAGUGAUGCUUUGUGUAAUUCCACUCUGCAGGCGUCUCUUCAGCAUCUGGACCUGAGUCAGAACCGGCUGAAGGUUCUGCCCGCUCGCUUCUGCCAGCUGCGCGAACUCGUAAACCUCAAACUAGACGAUAACAAACUGCUGCAACUUCCUUUUCAUAUCGGGCGGCUCACGAAGAUGCGAUACCUGUCUGCUGCUCAUAACCAGCUCACCGUGCUCCCAGGAGACUUCAGAAAGCUGAGUCUUGAAAACGUGGAUCUGUUUGGGAACCCCUUUACUCAAGCUAAUGCUCUGGAACACACCAUCCAUCUGACGUUUCCGCUGACGCUGCAGGAACUGACGCUGCGCGCUGUGGUGGACCGCAGAAUACCAUAUGCACCUCACAUCAUUCCCUUCCACUUGUGUGGUGAGUUGGAGUUCUGGAAAGCAUGCGACUGCGGCCGAGCGUGCUUGAGCUCCUACAUCCAGACAGCCGUCAGCAUGAAUCUGCAUCUGGUGUCUCACACGGUUGUGUUAGUGGACAACAUGGGCGGCACAGAAGCUCCAGUGCAGAGACAUUUCUGCUCGCUCGUGUGUUACUGUGAGUUCAUGGACAGCUGUGUGCAGCGUGGACUGAGAUGAUGACCACAGCGUCCUCCUGUCGGGAUGUUGUGUGAGAUGUUGCCACAGAAAUCUGGUCUUGAGCAACAGCUUGUUUUUUUUCCAGUGUCUGUUUUAUUUGCUUUUUUAAUGGAUCUUUAGGAGAUUGUGGUUAUUCCUCCAUCACAAUAAAUAUUGUAAAACAAAUAAAAGUUAUUCAAGCUAAA